GGGGUUGAUGGGGUUGAGUUGGAAGGAGGGGCUAGUGCAGAGGGAGGUGAGGUUUGAAUCUUGAAUGGAGAUGCUGUGUGUUGUCCCUUUUCUCAACAGACUUGCUGUCGUUUUUGCCUUGAACCACUUGAAGAUUGCCAACCUCAAGGUGGACUAUGGUGACACACUUGCCCCGUCAGGCAUGAAAGCAGCUCGUCCAAAGAGCUCAAAGUUUACAUCCGCUGUUGGUGUAGUUGGAGAGUUGAGUUUAAGGACGUUGAUGGUACAGCUAAGCGGGAUUCUGACCAGUCGCUUUCUACCUGACAUGGUUACAUCUACCUUCAACCCCACUCACUUGAAUGAUGAGCUUCUCACAGAGCUUUGAAUUCUUUCAAGGCGAGUUGACUGUCCGAACAGGGUUCAAUUGGCUGGACAAAUACUGUUCAUCCCUUUGUGCAAGAAAGGAUGAUGGGUAACUUUGACUUCACGCUUCGCAAAACAGAGAACACUAAACACCCAUCUUCUACAUUUCUUCAAAAUUAGAUGUACAGCCAUUCGAGAAUACUAGUAGCUCUACGUUAUCUGUGUCGUCGCCGUACAUUUGAUGUACGAAGAGUUUCCAUUUCAGCUAGACCAUCAAGCUGAGGUCGUCAGAGCAGCGCUGAUUGGCUGUUGCGCCUCGGCAAGCAGAUCAACCCGAGGCGGGUUGUUUUGUCCGAGGGGUACACAGCAGCAUCAACGACAUAUAUCAGCCUUUGAAAACAUCUGCUGUACCAAAUGCGGAUAAUUCUGAGCCUCCGACUCCAGGCAUUUGCGAGCUAUCUAAUGAUAAUGGAUCUGCCUUGCCGUCAAGAUAUCUACCUAGCCUAGGAAGGAGAGCAUAUAUAAACCCAACUGCAUCCCAACCACGCCAAGUCCCCACUCAAAAUUCAUCUCUUGACUUUCAGCAUAGAAGAUCACAAUGCUCCCCCGACCAACAAUCGCCAUCAUCGGCGGUGGGCCAUGUGGCCUAACGCUCGCCCGCCUUCUCGAAUGCAAAGGAAUCGCCUACACCGUAUUCGAGCGCGACUCCAGCGCGACCUCGAAUGAAGCAGCAGGAGGAAGUCUCGACAUUCACGCUGAGACUGGUCAGCGAGCUCUUAGAGAAGCCGGACUGUUCGAGGAGUUCAAAAAAUUCGCGAGGUAUGAUGACACGGCUGUUGCGAUCGCUGACAAGCGAGGGAAGAGAAUCCUAGAGAUGGGACAGGAGCGUGAUGCGCCUGAGAUUGAUCGGAAAGAUUUGCGAAGGAUUCUGUUAGAGUCGAUCCCGAAGGAGAAGAUCAAGUGGGGUCGCGCUUUGAAGGCUGCGGAGAUUGGUGAAAAUGGCAGUCCGAUUCUGAAAUUUGCGAAUGGCGCUGUGUUGGAUGGGUUCAAACUUGUUGUUGGAGCUGAUGGUGCGUGGAGUAAAGUGAGACGUCUGAUUACACAAGCAACACCCAAGUAUUCAGGGAAGACCUUCCUUGAAUCCCGCAUCAGCACCUCCAACCCACUCUACCCAACAUUAGCCAGUAGAGUUGGCCCAGGCAUGUUUCUCUCAAUCGGUUCGGGACAGCCCAUCGUAACGCAACGGCAAGGCAACGGCUCUUAUAGAAACUAUUUCGGGCUUCAAGUUCCAGUAGAUUUCUUCCGCAACAGCACUGAACUCGAUCUUCAAAAUCUCGAAGCCACACGUGCCAUGCUGCUCCGGGAUUUCUACGCCGACUGGGCGGACGAAUACAGAGAGUUGAUCCAACAUGCGACUGACUUUCGUGUCUGGCCGCUGCAUACUCUUGCUGCUGAAGACAUGGACUGGGAAUCUGUUCCGGGCGUAACGCUCGUGGGCGAUGCGGCGCAUCUUACGAUUCCGAAUGGAGAGGGAGUGAAUCUCGCUAUGACGGAUGCGUUGGAGUUAGCUUCGAAAAUCGUUGAGUACGAAGGCGCUGAAGGUCAUUUUGCGAGGGCCGUACGGGAAUAUGAAAUGGAGAUGUUUUCUAGAGGGAGGGCGACCAUUGGUGAAGGCACGGUGAUGGCGGAGGGUAUGUUUGGAGAGAGUCCGGAGUCGUUUCUAAAGGUAAUGGGUAUGUGAGAGUGGUGAAUUGAAGAUGCUUUGGUACAAUCAGAAGCGAGUAGGAACAUUAAUUGGUGGUCAUGUGGGAUGAGAGCUGGGGAACUCUACCUUGGUAGCUGAGCAUGAACACUCCCUUCGAACACGCAUGCUCAAUGCAUUUGUAGCGCCCAGCAUUUGUGGAUAUCGUAGCAACCUUGACUGGAGCAGUUCAAUGAUAUGUGCAAGGUCUAGCUAUUCAGAAGAAAAUGCAUUCGCCAGUCUCUCAUCGCUGCGUCAUGCGUCUGCUCCAAAGUCAUCUCUCUAAACGCGUUGAUAUCUUGCGAGCCGUGUCCAUCUUGAAGAGUUCGAUAACCUGCGUCACAGUCGUGGUCGGGACAUGAUUACAAAUCUAUCUUCUGCCGGGUAGAGGACUUCAAGGACAAGAAUCAGUGCAUUUCGACUCUGGUGUAGUGUUGCUAGAUGCGAUGUCUAGAGAUGUUUAGCCAUUGCAGUCCUUUUCGCUGAUAUAUAUGGAGUUUCGGCUGAGCAAUAAUAGUCCGGCGUCACUGAGAUUAACACGACUGCUAAAUAUUGCAGGGUACGACGGACGCAUGCAUUGAUGAGUUAUCGGAUAGACAUUUUGUUAUAGCAAGUUUACGUGCAAUCGAUGAGGAUGGAAGCUUAGUGGAAAUCUAUCAAAG